AUGUUAAGAGUAGAAACAAAAACAUGGACUCGUGAUAGUCAUGAUCUAUUUGAUUAUGAAGCCCAACAAGUAAAUAAAAAAAGUUUUUUAAUAUCUACGGCAAUAAAACUUUUUCGUUCAAAAGCUCAAGUAUCUUGUGUAGCUGACUCUCCAGAAUGUUUGCCUAAUACAACUCAGGAUUAUCUUUUAUCUGUUAGACCUCAAGAAGAUAAAUAUGUUAUAACUCCAGCUGAACAUUCAUUAAGCAACCAAUACAAUAUAAAAAAAUUGUGGAUAAUUGUUAAAGAUCUUCCUGAAAAAUAUUACGCUUUACAUGAAAAUGAUAUUAUAAAAUUAGGACGUUUUCGAUUAAAGGUAAGACAAUUUAUUGAAUCAGUAGACACAUUAAAUACGUUGAAAUUAGAUGACUGCCCUUCAAAAAAAUGUGAAACUAUUUUAGAUUCUUCUAAUAUUCAAUGUCGAAUUUGUUUAAUUGAAGGGAAUCAAGAAAAUGAUCCCUUAAUUUGUCCAUGUGAUUGUAAAGGUUCCAUUAAGUAUGCACAUUUAUUGUGUUUAAGAAAAUGGAUUAAUGGUAGAUUAAAUUUAAAUGAUCAAUUAUUUUCUGGAUCAGUUUUUAUUAAGGAUAUUUGUUGUGAAUUAUGUAAAUCUAAAUAUCCGAAAAGUAUUAAACAAAAUGAGGAGUUAGUACAAUUAGUAAAGAUACCUAAUUUGAAAACACCAUUAAUUGUCUUAGAUAAUAUUAUUGGGCAAACUAGUAAAGGAGUACAUUUAAUAAGUUUUGCCGAUAAAAAAUAUUUAAAAUUAGGAAGAGGACACGAAUCAGAUGUUCGUAUCCCUGAUGUUUCUAUUUCCAGAUACCAUGCAACAAUAAAAUAUGAAAAAGGUUUAUUUAAAUUAGAAGAUCAUAAUUCCAAAUUUGGUACCUUAGUAGCCCUAAGAAAAGCAAGAGAAAUAUUUCCUAAAGAUACUAUGUCUUUACAGGUAGGUAGAAGUGUAGUUCAUUUUAAAAUGGAUGAAGAAAUUCCAUUUAAAAGUGGAAUUAUUGAUAUUAUUGAAAAUAAAGAAGUUCUUGAUUCUUCUGAAGCACCUACAAAUGAUAAAAGUACUGUAAAUUCUGCACCACCAGUAAAUACAACAAGUAACACAGAUGAAACUAAUAAUAGAAAUAAUUUUGAAAGAAAUCAAUUUCUGGAUAUUACAAACGCAUCCAAUUCAUUGCAAAACUCGUAUUCUCCAUAUAGAGUUGACAAUUUAAUGUCUUUAUUAAAUUACCAAAAUGAGUAUCGAAUUUUUGGUAUUAGAAAUUGUUAUAAUUUGAUGGAAAAUCGAAAUAAUCAGCAACUCAUCCCACAAAUGAAUUUCGUAUCAGGUGCUAAUAUAGACAUGAACAAUGAUGAAAUAAAUAAUGAUCAAGAUUUAUUACAUCAUCGUGAUACUCAUAUACACGCAAAUGUCGAUGAAGUUGCUCAUAAUGAUUGUGAAGAAACUCAACAACCUCGUGAUAUAUCUAAUCAAAGUAAUGACGAUAAUAAUGAUGAUGAAGAAGAAAACCAUGUGAAUGAUGAAAAUGAUGAUGACGAGGAUAAUAAUGAUAAUGACCACAACAAUAAUAACAAUAAUGGUGGUGGUAGUAGUAGUGGUUCCUCGGAUAAUAAUAAUAAUAAUAGAGGAGGUAAUAAUAAUAACCAAUAUUAUGGUAAUAAUAAUAAUAACAAUAAUAAUAAUAGUAAUAAUAGUAAUAAUAAUAAUAAUAAUAAUAAUAAUAAUAGUAAUAAUAAUAGUAAUAAUAAUAAUAAUAAUAGUUAUAAUAAUAACUGUAAUGAUCGUACAUAUUAUUCUGCUUUAUCUAGCAAAUCUAAGAACAAUACUAUUAAGAAUUAUAAUAAAUUUAAUAAUAUACAUAUUGGUAAUUUACCCCUCGAUCUUUCUAAUAUAUACGAAUCAAAUAAUAAUCAAAAAGAUAUUGUCCCCAAUAGUGAUUUUAUUGAAAAUGGUUUUACGCCAUAUUCUAUUAGAAAAAAUAAACUAUCAUAUAAUAAAGAUUUAUUAAAACAAACAAAAAACUACAAAGAUGUGGAUGAAACUAAUGAAAAAUUUUUAUCCAACAACGAAAAUAAAUAUGAGAAAGAAGCACUUUCAAAUCAUAAUAAAAAUGAAAUAUACACAAAUUAUAAUUUGGAUGAAAAUAAUUCUUCUUUUUUCUUUUCGAAUAUGAAAACUCCAUCUUUAGUUGAUUUUUGUAAAUACGAUAAUUCUUCCCCACUUUCUUAUAACAACAAUAAAACUAAAAUUGAUGAGGGUGACAAGAAUGGUAGUCUUGUUAAAGAAUAUAACAAUCAUAACAAAUUUAAUAAAAAUUCUUCUUCUUCGAAUAUAUACCACAAGAAUAAUUAUCUUACUAUUAAUAGUAAUAACCAUGUGGACGCUAUUGUAAAAAAAGAUCAACAUUUUAUUAAUAGCAAAUCUUUAGAGGAUAAUGAUGAAUAUAAUACAAAUGAUCAAAUAACAACAAGAUCAUCAUUAAAUUGUAAUAAAAUGAAUAUAUCAAAUGAUAGAAAAGAUAUAGCUCCUUUUAAUAAUUUUUCAUCAUGCAUCUCAAACGAGAGUAAUAUAAAUGCGCAUAAUAUCUAUGAAUUAUAUAAUACUGAAAUAAUACAUUAUGUGUACCCUAAUCAAAAUGUACAAGGUGAUAAUAAUUGUAGUACACCAAGAAAAUAUAUGAGGUAUGAAAAUAAUUCCACAGAUGAUAUGAAUACUAAAUUUAAUGAAAUUAAUACACACAAUGUUGAUAAAAAGUUAUUUAAAGAUACGCCAACUAGGAAAUAUUCUUGUACUAAAAUGAAUAAAAUGAAUGAAGAUAAUUAUUUGAACAAUGAAUAUAAUAGUAAUAAUAAUAAUAAUAAUAAUAAUUUGUCUGGAUCCGUGAAUUGUAGAGAGAGAAAUACCACAUAUAAUAAUACAAUUGAAAAUUGUUCAUAUGAUAACAAAAUGGUUAUGGGAAAUAAAUUAAAAAAAAAUUAUAAGUCCAAUUCAUGUGAGGAAAUAAAUACAUGCAAUAAAAAGAUGAAAAAAAACAUGACAGAAGAAAUUAUUCAAAACAAGGAUAAUAUUUUAAAUGUAGAACAAUGUUUAGAGAGAAGCAUAUAUAAUAAUAAUAUUGAAAUUGAUUUAAAUGAAAAGUCAUCAAAUAAUUUAUAUCAAAAUUUUAAAAGUGCUGUUUUUAAAAAAAGAAUGAUUGGAAGUCCCUACACAAAUAUUAAUACAUAUAAAAAUGAUAUACCUAAUGAAUCAUUUAAUUUUAAUUUGAAAGAAAAAUCAUAUAAUGAAUUGGAAACUUACCAUAGUUUGCCUAAUGUAAAUAUGAAUAGUAAUAAUAUAUUAAAUAAGUUUAAUGAUCAUAAAAAAUAUUCCAAUAAUAAUAUUAAUAAUAAUAGAACAUACCAAUUUAAUAAUAAACAUCCCACAGGUAUAAGUACAUCCAAAUUUAAUAGAGUACAUCAGUUGAAUGGAAAGGAGGAUUAUAUAUGUACCUCAAAUUAUGCCUUGCAUGAACCGGGUGAUGUUCAUAAUAAGAAUGAAGAUAGUAACCACGAUGUUGAACAUAUAACUUCAUCUGAUUGUAGAGGAACAUCUAUUGGGCAACAUGUUGUUCUACUAAAUGAAGGAAUAAAGAAUAAUGAUAAAAUAUUUAGUGAUUAUAAUAUGGAAAAUGAUAUGAACGAAAAAUAUAAAAAUGUUAAAAAUAAUAAACAUCGCUUAUACAGUUAUGAUUCCUUAUCAUAUAAAAGACAUAUGAAUAACAUUAAAAUAGAUAAUAAUGAUGAUUAUUCCAAGAAUAAAUGUAACAAUGGAUCUUUAAAAAAUAAAAAUAUAGGUAAACAUUCUAAUUAUAAUUUUGAAAAAGAUUCAACAGAUCUCACCCUUACCCAUGUUGAUACUAGUAGUUCCCAUUUAGAUCAUUUUGUAAGUGAAAGCAAAAAAGAAAUGAAGUUUAUUCAUAGAAGUAUAUCAAUGGUAACUAUACAAGUUGAAGAUAAUGAAAUCGUAAAUAAUUUCCAAGAGGAAAAUAAUAACAAUUUAAACAUAUAUAAUGGCUCCAAAUUAAAGAACAAAUUUUCUUGCCCAGAUGAUAAAGGUACUCUAUUAAAAUAUAAAAAUAUAACAUCUACAAAUUAUGAUUUUAAAUAUAACAAUUUAUUUUGCAUGAAAAGUAAUAAUACAAGUAAUCAUAACAUUUAUUUAAACCAAAAAAAAAAAAGAUGUACAGCAAAAUAUUAA